AUGUUUUUCGCCCCUCCCACCCACAGCAGCUCCGGCGCCGGCCCCUCUUCUCAGCGCGACGACGGCCACCGCCUUAUCGCUCACGUCGGUCCCUACGGUGAGCUGACCUGGUACAACGACUACGGAACUCCCCAGCCGCCGAGCGUCGCCCCGCAGGCUGCUCAGAAGCGUCCUGUCCAGGCCGUGACCCCUUUCUACGGACACUACCCCACUCCUCUUGAGCCCAUCCUCGAGUCUCACCUUGAGGGAGAAGCGCACUGCGACCUUCCCCCGAGGCCAAGGCGGCGGCAGGCUGUCCAGCGUGCAGCGACAGCUUCGCCCACGAAGAAGCCCGCCCCCAAGCCGCGGACGCACACAAGGAAUCUGAGUGAUACGUCCCUGUCCUCUCAGUCGUCGACAGAGGACAUGAAGGCGGUGAACAGGCUGGACGCGCGCCUUUCUGACCUCUCGCUGUACUCAACCCCGAGCCUGAGCAGCUCCGGCCCGCCCAGCCCGAACUCGCCUGGCAUUCAGACGCCUCCCCUCUCGCUCGCGGCUACGGUGCCAAAGGAUCUCGAGAUGGACUACGACGCCGACUUCAUCGAGGACGUCUACGCCGCCUUCGAAUUCGCGAACAAGGACUCUAUGCCCACCUUCUAA